AUGCUUGCCAGGAUGAAGCCAUCGGCACUUCUCGCGCUGACCCUCCCGGCAUCUGCCAUGGCCCUGACACCUGCCCAGUGGCGCAACCAGUCCGUCUACCAGGUCUUGACCGACCGUUUCGCCCUCACCGAUGGCUCAACCUCCUCCCCCUGUGACCUGAACUCGUACUGCGGCGGCACCUUCCAGGGCAUCAUCAACAGGCUCGACUAUAUCAGGGGCAUGGGCUUCACUGCCAUCUGGAUCUCGCCCGUCGUGUCUAAUCUCGUGGGGGAGACCGGUGAUGGAUCCGGCUACCACGGAUACUGGGCCCAGGACAUCUAUUCCAUCAAUCCCAACUUUGGCUCUGCGUCCGACCUGGUGGCCCUCUCUGAUGCCCUCCACGACGCAGGCAUGUAUCUCAUGGUCGACAUCGUCACCAACCACAUGGGCUACGAGGGCUGCGGCGCCUGCGUAGACUACUCCAUAUUCAACCCCUUCGACUCGGAUUCCUACUACCACCCGUACUGUGCCAUCGACUACGGCAGCACAGACAUCACGGAGAUCCAGGACUGCUGGGAGGGAGACGGCAUCGUGUCGCUCCCGGAUCUCGCCACCGAGGACUCGGACGUCUUGGAUAUGUGGAAUUCGUGGAUCGCGGAACUCGUGAGCAACUACACCAUCGACGCUGGCGUUUACAUUGUGGGUGAGGUUGACGACGGUGAUCCCGACGUCGUGUGCCCCUACCAGAACGACUACAGUUUGAACCCGCUCAACUACCCUGCGUACUACUGGAUCACGCAGGCCUUCCAGUCGACCAGCGGCAGCAUCGGCAACCUGGUCUCGGGCGUCGACACGAUCAAGUCCGGCUGCGCCGACAGCACGCUCCUGGGAUCCUUCAUGGAGAACCACGACAACCCCCGCUUCCCGUCCUACACGUCAGACUACAGCCUCGCCGGGAACGCCAUCGCCUUCACCAUGCUGGCCGACGGCAUCCCCAUCAUCUACGAGGGGCAGGAGCAGCACUUCUCGGGCGCCAGCGUCCCCGGCAAUCGCGAGGCCGUCUGGUCGUCCGGCUACGAUACCACCGCCCAGCUGUACACGCUCAUCACCGCCCUCAACGCCAUCCGCAGCUGGGCCGUCAGCCAGAGCAGCUCCUACGUCACUUACAAGGCCUACCCGACCUACUCGGACAGCUCGACCAUCGUGAUGCGCAAGGGCGCCGCCGGGUCCCAGGUCAUCGCUGUCUUCUCCAACCUGGGCGCCGACGGGGCCAGCUACACCCUCACCCUGACCUCGGGCGAGACGGGCUUCACGGAUGGCCAGAGCCUGGUCGAGGUGCUGGCGUGCAGAUUGUACACCACCGACUCGAGCGGGAACCUCGCCGCCGCCAUGAGCGGAGGUGUCCCCCUGGUCUUCUACCCCGCCGCAAGUCUCGACGGGUCCGGAAUCUGCCCCGACAUAACAGGACCCGGAAGUAGUAGUAGUAGUAGUACUACUACUACUACUACAGAGAGCGCAGCCAGCACCGCUGCCACUCACACGUCGUCGUCGUCUGCUUCAUCCUUGUCAUCUGCAACCGCCGGCGGCGCCUGCACCGACACCGUCCCCGUCCGCUUCUACGAGGCCGUCACCACCACCUACGGCCAGACGAUCAAGCUGAGCGGGAACCAGGACGCCCUCGGCAACUGGGACCCCAGCGAUGCCAUCGCCCUCUCCGCCGCCGAGUACACCAGCUCCGACCACUUGUGGUACGUGAGCGUGAACCUGACGCCGGGCUCCGUCGUCGAGUACAAGUAUAUCAAUGUGGCCGGGAAUGGGGAUGUGACGUGGGAGGCCGACCCUGACCACACAUACACCGUGCCGACGACGUGGGCGACGCAGGCCACUGUGUCUAACACGUGGCAGACGUAG